AUGGAUUUGGCCAACCAUGGACUUAUUCUCCUGCAACAGUUAAACGCUCAGCGAGAGUUUGGUUUCCUGUGUGACUGCACGGUUGCCAUCGGCGAUGUGUACUUCAAGGCACACAAAUCAGUUCUUGCUUCAUUCUCCAAUUACUUUAAGAUGUUGUUUGUCCAUCAGACCAGUGAGUGUGUCCGCUUGAAGCCCUCCGACAUCCAGCCGGACAUCUUCAGCUAUCUCCUGCAUCUCAUGUACACAGGGAAGAUGGCGCCGCAGCUGAUCGACCCGGUGCGGCUGGAGCAGGGCAUCAAGUUCCUGCACGCUUACCCGUUGAUCCAGGAGGCCAGCCUGGCCAGCCAAGGAGCCUUUUCUCAUCCUGACCAAGUUUUCCCACUGGCGUCAUCCUUGUAUGGCAUUCAGAUCGCAGAUCACCAGCUAAGACAAGCCACCAAGAUCGCCUCGGCGCCUGAGAAACUUGCCCGGGAGCCGCGGCCGCAGGCAACCCGGAUGAGCCAGGAGCAGGGGCCCGAGGCCUCCCAGCUCUCCCAGCUGCCCUCCAACCUGAGCCAGGUGAACCGGACACACAUGACCCCCUCAGACCCGCUGCAGACCUCGCUGUCGCCUGACCUUGUCUCCACGCCUGUUCCUCCCCCACCCCCCGGGGAGGAGACCAACCUGGAAGCCUCCUCGUCGGACGAGCAGCCCGCGCCCCUCACCAUCGCCCAUGUUAAGCCGAGCAUCAUGAAGAGGAACGGCAGCUUCCCCAAGUACUACGCCUGCCACCUUUGCGGGCGGCGCUUCACGCUGCGGAGCAGCCUGCGGGAGCACCUCCAGAUUCACACGGGGGUCCCCUUCACGGCCAGCCAGCCUGGCGAGAGCCGCGUGCCCCUGUCCUUGUGCAGCAACGCGGCGGACCUCGGCAAGGACGCCAUGGAAGUGCCAGAGGCGGGCAUCAUCAGUGACAGUGAGCUCCAGCACAUCUCAGACUCGCCCAUCAUCGAUGGGCAGCCACACUCGGAGACGCCGCCGCCCUCGGACAUCGCGGACAUUGACAACCUGGAGCAGGCGGACCAGGAGCGGGAGGUCAAGCGGCGCAAGUACGAGUGCACCAUUUGCGGCCGCAAGUUCAUCCAGAAAAGCCACUGGCGGGAGCACAUGUACAUCCACACCGGGAAGCCUUUCAAAUGCAGCACGUGCGACAAGAGCUUCUGCAGGGCCAACCAGGCGGCCCGCCACGUGUGCCUCAACCAGAGCAUCGACACCUACACCAUGGUGGACAAACAGACUCUGGAGCUCUGCACCUUUGAGGAAGGCAGCCAGAUGGACAACAUGUUGGUACAGACGAACAAACCCUACAAAUGCAACUUGUGUGACAAAACGUUCUCCACUCCCAAUGAAGUGGUUAAACAUUCAUGCCAAAACCAGAACUCAGACGUGUUCGCCCUGGAGGAGGGGCGAUCCAUUCUCCUGGGCAGUGGGGACUCGGAAGUGACGGAACCCGACCACCCGGUGUUAGCUUCCAUCAAAAAGGAACAGGAAACAGUGUUGUUAGACUGAAUGUUACUUAUCUUUUUAAAAACUGUCAUUUUUACAAAGACUCUCUUCCUUCCCUUCCCCCAAUUCAGAACUCUUGUUCUCCAUGGCAUGAUACAGAAAGGUCCCGGCCCCA